AUGCUGAUCGACUGGAACUUUCCGAAGUGCUUUAGCUUCGAGCCGAAGGAGCAUCUGUACUACCAUAUCGGGCAUGCUCUGUUUCUGGUGGCCUUCCUUGCACCGAAUAUCCCGUGCGGGUUCCUGUGGUUGCGCUGUGCAGCCAUCGCCGGCUGUAUACUGAUGGUGCUGUGGGGCUGGUUCGUCGCCUGCAGCUUGGACGCAGUCGUAUGGUUCAGCCUGUUCCUGCUGGUGAAUGCCGUUUACGUGGUGGUGCUACUCUGCAAGUUGCGUCCGGUUAAGUUCGAGAAGGAGAUUGAAUCGGUGUACGUUGCCUUGUUUAAGCCGUUGCGCGUGUCGCGCCACCAGUUCAAGAAGGUGCUGAACUGCAUGAAGAUAGUGCGGCCGCUCAAGUACCAGGAAAUCUACGUGCAGGAGAAAAUAACCAAAGUCGACAGUUUGUCCCUUGUGCUGUCGGGAAAAUUAGUAGUUUCACAGAAUCAAAAAGCGCUUCAUAUAGUAUUUCCUCAUCAGUUUCUCGAUUCACCCGAAUGGUUCGGUGUCUCUACCGAUGACUAUUUUCAGGUGUCGAUCAUGGCGAUGGAGGAGUCGCGCGUACUCAUCUGGCACCGGGAUAAGCUGAAGCUAUCCAUCAUGGCCGAACCGUUCCUACAGGCAGUGUUUGAUCACAUUCUCGGACGAGACGUGGUGAAAAAGCUGAUGCAGGUUACGCAGGUCAGCGAAACGAUGGCGCAAAGCAAUGGUUGCAUUGCAUCAGGUUAUGGCGAUGAUUCGGAAGAUAAACCAAUGCUGGUGAUGAAGAGCAAACCUUCCGAUAAUGGUGGGCAUGGCCUAACGGCCUUGAUCAAUCGUCAGCUGCAAGCUCUCCCACGGAUCUCGAAGUAUUAUUACUGUGUAGCAACUGAUCAUAACGCCUGGCGGCUGGGCCGAAUCGACGAAACCGACCAUGAGACGGCCGUAUAG